AUGGGUAUCUUGCCACCAAAUGACCGCCGUCAACCUCCCAGUCGGCGUAUUGAAGAUGCUGUCCAAAUCACUUAUGAUGAGUAAGCUUUUGAUUUAUAUUGCAGUAUCUCCUUUUAGUUAUACUUUCGAUGAUUCGGACGCCGAAGACGAGGUCGUGGUCAUUAUUGAUCGCCCUGUUUCCGACUCGGAUUCUGAUUCUGGGGUUCCUAAUGGUCUGGCGGAUCGGAAUACGAGAAGAAAGGACAAGUUUAUGGCCAGGAAGGCCGUCCGGGAGGCCAGGAAAUCGAUGAAUCUUGGAACUGUUGAUGGGAUCAACAUCAAGAGGAAUAUGGGUGCCAGGAAAUGGAGGCGGGUAGAAAGUGGUAAGUGAUUCAAUGGUUUAGUUGGCUUUACAAGAUUUGGGCGUUUAUUUAUCGUCUUCAGCUCGGAUCUUGUCCAGUUUCACUGAUGCCGGCGAUAUCUGUUUUGACUGUUCUGACCUCGUUCCCGAGCAUUUAUCGGCUUUCGCUCGCAUUCUUCAAGAUCAAGAAUGCAUGAAGGUACAUCAAACAUCGAUUAUGUUCAUUCAUAACGUCAGAUAAUAUGUUGUUGAUUAAUUUUAGAUCUAAAACGUUUUAUUUUAGGCCUGGAACAACUUCAUCGAGAAGGAUGAGGCCGAGCAAAACGAAUACCUUGCUCAAUUGGACAAGGAAAACGAUCUGGAUGAAUCAUUUGAUCGUCUUUCUCUCGAUUCUGAUGUUCAUGUUGAACAUGAUGCAAGAAAACGUGAGUUUUUGGUGUCUUUCUGUUAUUCUUCUUUAGAUCAUCCCGCCUAUUCAACUAGUAUGGCGUUCCAUCAACUCGAUCGUCGGUUUCGCGAUGCUCUGAGUAAAAGGCAUGUCCCCAUCGACUUAAUCGACAAGUUGGAGGGUAAUCUGAGGACCCAAUUCCAAGAAGAUCCAAGUGUAAUAUGGACUGAUACCUGCGAUUCCUCGUUCCGCCGGUUCUACAUCCAUGCCGUCGCUCAAUACCUCAAAUUGAAGUCCAAAAGUAGUCAAGGAAAGGGUCGGCUAAAGGAGACGCAAGUGUUUAGCACCGAUCAGACCUUCUCUCCCCCUGAUACGAAGCUUGUUUCUUUAAUAAGAUCGAUUAGGAAUGCCUCCAGACAGAUCAGUUGA